AAUAUCAAAACUCCUAGCCAUGAACAGGACAUAGCCCGGGCACAGCAUAGCCGCAGAAUGCACACAUCAAUCCAGGAUUCCCCCUACACGUUACACAGGCGAGCGAUAAAUCCCGGUGUGGGAGCUAGACUCCUAUCUGGACAAAAUCGCAAACAUAAGCCCACCACCGAGGCCAGGGCCCUCUUGUCGCCUGGAAAUACCGAGCCCUUGCAUCUCGGCCCGCCUUCUUGGCUACAUCUGAUCUCCUCCAUUUCCAGCAAGCCGACGUCUUUCUCUCUCUUGAAGGUGUAGAUUUCAUCGAAACACAUGUGCUGGGAGAAGCACGCGGCCGGCCUGAGCUAACUGCCUUGGCCGUCAACUUGGCCAUGUCCACUGAGAUUGCCAUCCCUGCCCAGGUUCGACAGCCACAAGUAAACCUCCCACCAAUCACCCGCCGUUUUGUCACUUGUGCUCGGACUAGCCCCGGACUUCCAGCACCAGCAAGCGCUGUGGCUCCCGCCCGCGUCUCCCUUUGGAUGGCGGAUUUCGGAGCCAAUUUGGUUUCCUGUAGAAUCGGAUCUAUUUUAUUCUCUGUUCCUCUUCCCUUUCCCACUUUCUAUUACCUGCCGGCGCGCCGCUUGGCAUCUGUGCCAUCAGUUGCGCGUUGUAUCUGUCAAGCGUUCCCUAGUGUCCAACCAAGAAGGAUAGGAGAAACUUAUCCGUGCUCUACCUGAGCGCGUCAGGUGCAUUUUGACACGCACAAUAUAUCGACGACGCUAGCAUGCCCCGCGGUGAGCAAACCCGCCCUUGCUACCGCCUCGGUGCUCGCCGUCCCCUCGGGCUCUGCUGCCGGACCGGCCUCGCGCAGAACGGCCAGAAUGGCGUGUGGUACCUGUACCCGCCCGAGGGCGGCCUGACGCUGUAUUCGCUCGACACGGUCAACGUCUCGUACAUCUCGCCCUUUGGCUCACCGAACAUGUUCACAUUUUGCGACAAUGGGAACAAACUUAUCCGCAUCCAGCCGGCAGGGCCCAAAAAUAGGUCGGUCCUGGUGUACCUCAACUUCACAAGCUCCACCCCCUGCUACUUCAACCUGCGACCUGGGAUGGAGGCUGGCUUUAGUGCGAACAGUCCCAAGUUCAGCCUCUCCUCCACCCCGCGUUCCGUCAUGACAACCGUUGGUGCCGCUCUACCGGCCAACCCAACCUCUUCGCCGAGCUCGAGCUCGAGCUCGAGUUCAGAGACCACAGCCAGCAGCUCCAAGGGGACGUCGACCGCAAACCCAGACACGCCGCUGCCCGUAGAUGCCCCCUCGGAAUCGCUCAGCACUCGUGCCCCGGCUGGAAUCGGCAUCGGCGCCGCCAUCGGGGGCACCGGAUUGCUGGCCGUCGCCUUCUUCCUCGGUCGGCGCUGGCGGGCGAGGGGCGAAGCUCCUGGGCCGGCCACGGAACAAAUUAACCCACCACUGCGGGAGCUCGAGGCCACCCCAACGGAAAUGUGUGCCAUGUCGCCACCGACCGAGAUGCCCGGCUACGUGCCCCCACUGGAGAUGCCUGCAUCACAUGGGCAUCGGCCCCAAUGA